AAAUAUAAAAAACAAUCCCUUAAAUUGCUUUCCAAUUUCCAUUCGAAUGUGAAAAUUAAAAAAAGUCAAGUCUAUGACUUGUAAAUUUUUAAGCGUUGAUUAGAUCGAUUGUCAAAUAAUCACUACCAAAUCAAUGGUUAAUAUAGAAACGAGGAAUGAGUCUAAGGUGAAGAAUAGAAGCUUCUUGAAUUAUAACGUAGUGGACUUGUCAAUUGUCAUGCAAGGCAAGCCGCAAGCCGCAAGCCGCAAGCCGCAAGCCUAGUUUUGUCAAUUGUCACCCUCGCUUAACCAACGCGUUAAAUCUCGUCAACCCAUGACAUUUACAAGUCACCCAACAAUGUACGUUUUUCUCUAAUAAAUGUUUAGCCUAUAAAUUCUCAUUUUACUUAUGUUGUUUUGCCUCAUUACUCAUCAAUAUAUCUUACAAACUAAUUCUACGGAUCGAUCGGAACUCAUACGCCAUGGCAUUUCCCUCAAAAUUCUCUUUGAUUUUCAUCCUUGCCUCAAUCUUUGUCCACAGUUCUCUAGGGGAAGUAAUAUGUGAGGAACUACCAAGCGAAAUGUGUGUAAUGGCGAUCGCUUCAUCGGGGAAGAGGUGUGUGUUGGAGAAAUACAAGAACGAUAUAGGAGGGGAGAUGGAGUACCAAUGUAGGACGUCCGAGGUGGUCGUAGAGAGGAUGUCAGAGUACAUUGAGACUGAUGAAUGCAUUAAAGCUUGUGGAAUUGAUAGAAAGACGGUUGGAAUCUCAUCGGAUAACUUGCUUGAACCUCACUUUACUGCUAAGCUUUGUUCACCUUCUUGUUACAACAACUGCCCUAACGUUGUUGAUCUCUACUUCAACUUGGCUCAAGGAGAAGGAGUAAACUUGUCAGAUUUAUGUCAAAGGGGAAAACCACGUCGCGCCAUGGUGGAGCUUAUGAGCUCCGGAGCAGCUCCUGGCCCUGUUACUGGAAACCAUGUCUCAUCAUCCCUCCAUGCCGCAGAUGUUCUUGUUCCUGCUCCUGCUCCUUUUUUUUAGCUUUACAUAGAAUUUUUUCUAGGAAUAAAUGUUUGUAUUUCCAUAUUCAUUCUUGUAAAUUCCAAUCUUGCAGGAAGAUUUCAUUUGUUAGAACUUAGAAGGGGCCGGAUGAGAUUAAGACAUAAUUAAUUAGGAUAUUAAUUGUCAUCAGUUUCUAGCUAUUUCUUGUGCAUAUCUAUAUUUAUUUAUUAUUAAAAAUAAAGGUCACUGUUUGCUA